UUUAUUCCCAGUAACGCAAAAAUCACCCUCGAUUUGUAGGUCUUUUGGCCACUCUUUAGCAAAAUCUGUGUCUAAGAUAGUGUCUUCGGGAGUUCUGUGUCGGUGGCGCUACUCGACCUAAAAACAUGAAGCCGACGAUCGUCGCCGAUGAGAUGUUCCCCGAAGGAGCCGGCCCCUACAUGGACCUCGAAGAAGCAGGAGGCUCUAGCGGACUGCUUAUGGACUUGGCCGCCAACGAAAAAUCGGUGCACGCAGAUUUCUUUAAUGACUUCGAGGAUCUAUUCGACGAUGAGGACCUGCAAUAGUCGUCUAGACGACGUGGGAUCAUGUACGAACACGAGCGCGCGGGACUGACGAAACGCGGCGUGACCUAGCAGGGCUGUCGCAAACUUCGCGAGCUUUAGUUUUUUUCCCAAUUUUUUUUUCUGCUUUUGACGGUCAUCCCGUUCUUUCUCCGUUGUUUAUUUCAUAUACUUCUUUUAUAGCCCGCGUCGCUCGUCGAAAUGCCUGUCGCGGUUCUGAGUUUUGCGCGGCUCGUUCCGCGGAUGUGCGGCAGGGCGGUGCCUCGCGGUAACCUGCUUAUUGCCAGCGUCUUUCCGGCGCGUUCGAUCCGAGCGUGUUACCACGGCGACGGCGGGCGACGCGCUUCCCCCGCAGCACGCGACGCGGCGACCCUCGCGGCAGCCGUCGAACGGCAGCGCGAGCGCGAGCGACUGUUCGCCGACUUCACGAGCGCGAAGCGAGAGCGCAGCCGACUAGCUAAACUCCGCAAGCUGGGAUUCGACGCUCGCGCGGUCGCCGACGGCGACGACGACACGCCCGCGUUGCUGCCGCCGGCCGCGCGCGCGUACCUGAGGCUGCACGCGACGAGGUUCGCACAAGAAUACUCCGACGUCGUCGACGGCGACGGGAACCCGAUCGCGUCCGGCGACGAGACCGAGGCAGAGGAGGUGGCGCCGGUGUACCCGUUUCAGCGGAACGUGGCCGACGUGAGAGCGCCUGUGCGGCGAGAGAUCAAGAUACUGCGGGAGAGCACGCGGCGGCGCCCUCUGUCUGACGCCGACCCUUCCGCGACCUCCCCGUCGUCAUCAUUGGUGGAGGAGGAAGAAAUCGUGACAGUAGACGAGGUGGAUGCGAUCGAGUUUGACGCGAUUAGACUCGACGUUUUGAAGGAGCGGGCGUCGGAGGACAGACGCUACAGAGACUUGCUGCACACGUAUCGCGGCACGCCAGACCCUGCGGUCCCUGCCAGCGAGCUGCCGUGCAGGGGAUGUGGGGCCCACUUGCACUGCCAGGACACGUUCCUGCCAGGUUACCUCCCGAGUCAAAAGUACAAGGAGCUGGUAGCGACCGGUGAGCUCUCGAAAUCCGUCUGCCAGCGGUGCGAGUACAUGAUUCGCUACGACAUUGCUUUAAACGUCAACGUCCCGCAGCAGGACUGGUUUGAUGUGGUGGCGAGGAUCAAGAGAGAGAGGGCGCUAGUUGUGCUGAUGUUAGAUGUCAUGGACGUGCCAUGCUGCAUACCGCCAAACCUGCAAUCGCUGAUGGGCUCCAAGAAUAAAAUUGUUGUAGUUGCUAAUAAGGUGGAUUUACUGAUGAAGGAUAAAGAUGGAUACCUUAGCAGGGUUACAGCCUCUGUCACUCAGUGCCUGAAGGAUGCUGGUAUAGAUGUCAAGAACAACGUUGAGAUGGUCCACUUGGUAAGCGCUAAGACCGGCUACGGGGUUGAAGACUUCAUCACAAAACUUCAAUCUCUGAAGAAAGAGAAAGGUGAUGUUUAUUUGCUUGGGGCGACGAAUGUGGGCAAGUCAUCACUCUUCAAUGCACUUCUGCAGUCUGAUUACUGUCAGAGUAAAGCCUCAGACCUGAUACACAGAGCUACCGUAUCGAUGUGGCCUGGUACGACCUUGAACCUACUGAAGUUUCCGAUCCUGCGUCCGACGCCGUGGCGUCUGCACGCGCGCAUCGUGCGCAUGCGCCGCGAGCGCGGCCAUGCAUCUGCCGAGCGGAGGUACCGGCAGGGCAAGCUGAAGCACUCGCGCAGUCCCAAGUACGCGACCCUGCUGGGUCACAUUGGGAGAACGUUCGGCGCCCCGGAGGAGGAGGAUGUAGAGGGAGACGGGGAAGACGAAGGUCGUGAGCUACCGUGGAAGAACCCUUUCUCCUACAACGUGUUCACGGACGGCGGAGAUGAACCGCGGAUCGCCGACGGCGAUGCACCUGUCCUUAAUACACAGGAGCAGAUGUUCCGCGGACGCUGGCUGUACGACACGCCGGGCACGAUUCUAGAAGAUCAGAUCAUCAAUAAGCUGACAUCUAAGGAGCUGCUGGCGACUCUACCGAAGGAGAUUGUCGUUCCACGCACGUUCAUUCUGUGGCCCGAGCGCACGCUCUUCCUGGGUGGACUCGCGCGUAUAGACUACCUGCAGGGCGUGAAGCAAGCACUGAUCACUGUGUUUGCGUCUGCACGUCUUCCUGUCAAUGUGCGAUUCACCGUGGAGGCAGACGAGUGGUAUGCAGAGGCACUACAUGCCGGCAAGUUACAGGUACCCGAGUCAAACCCAGCUCGACUGAAGGAUUUCCCUGCCAUGCAGUAUAAAGAUCUCGCACCCAUUUUGGGCCUAGGAUGGGAGAAGAGCCCGUGUGACAUAGUGCUGUCCUCUGCUGGUUGGGCGUCUGUGACGGCGGGCGACAUGCAUGAGUGCAGCUUCCGUGUUUGGACACCAGGUGGCAGCGGCAUCCACGUGCGGCGGCCGGCCGUGUUGCCGUACGCCGUCGGUCUGCGAGGGAAGAGAAAACAUGGCACGCACGCGUAUGCCGUGCGGCCGAUCAGGGAGAUCAACCGCUAGAGGGCUCAUGUGAGUGCGGGGGAGGGAGCUGAGCGUGCCACUGCAGUGUUCUCUGGUGAACACCGCAUCUCGCAGCGUGUAACAUGCUCCGAUGCAUUAGACCUGUAUUUGGCACUCUGCAAAGAAGAGAGAGACAGAAAGCGAGAGACAGAGACAGAGAGAGAGAGUGAGAGAGAGAGAUUGUGCGAUUUGCUCUCAGAUGUUGGCAAUUUAGUCUUGCAGUUAUUUGCCACAAGAUUUGUUUGAUUUGUAAAUAAUACCGUAUUUUGCAGCUUAAAAGAUGCUCUGAUAACGCUUGACUACCCAAUAAAUAGCAUUUCCCCACGGCAGAUACAUGCUCACCAAUAAUAAGACCACAUGUUUGUUUUUUUAAAUGUUUUUCCUCUCAAAUUUCUUGUAUUUCCAUGCCCUUGUCACUAUCAGUCAUUUCAUGGUUGGUAUAGGGCCUAUAGGCUGUAGGCUAUUUGCUGAUACCUACAAUGUACCGUAUUCUAUCUAAAAAAACACUGAGCAUCUUCUACACCGGUGCAAGCUGCACCUGCUAAGAAAUGCUUCUUAUAAGCCAUGAAAUACGGUACAUGAAUUUGCACAGGGGUUCAUGCAUGUAAUGGGUUUGCACUCCUGUGCACUUGCGUCAGCUUCGUGCUAACUACUGUCUUCUAUAAGUGUUGUGGAUUUUCCGUUUGUGUUGUGGCGUCGCGCGUGCGGAACUGAAAUACUUUUUCCAACGAAGUCGUCAUGGAAUUUAAUGCAGCGAUAUGGUAGGUUCAUGACGCUAAUGCUGAUAGUAUGAUCAAAAUUAUGUGCUUGGCGCGACAUCUUCCGAGAUUUAAGCGUUUGUGUUAGGAAUUAUUAUUGUUGACUCAGUAAUGUACAUGCGAUUGUAAGUAGAUGAGCGGCCAUGUUGAAUACACGUUGGUGCUUUGUGUUCAGGGGGCCCGGUACCAGUAACAAAAUUAGGCUUAACAUUAACUUUUGCUCGUAGACCGUAAUAUUGUGUCUUGAUUAAUGAGGUCGCGUUUUAUCGGUCAUUGUGUCAUCAUCAGUCAUGUCAUUACGUCGUUUAGACGUACAAAUUCAUCUAGUUUAUGCACGGUUAACUGAUGAGUGUGUAUAGGCUCGCUUUUUUCUUCUUCUUGAAUAUAUAUCAAGUACAAGAAUACCAGAACCAAUA